UAUUGAGGCUGUCAAAGGAUCACGCCGAAUAUUUUGUUAGAUUUGCAACUUUCCUGCUAGAUUUACUGAUUGUCACAUAAUUAUGGAGCUCAAUAUCUUGAGAAGAAUGUGUACUCGAUAUUUUCAAGUUGUCAAAUCGCACGGACAUUUUUCAAUACAGGUGAAUCUUCAGCAAAGACGCAAUCCCUUGUUAGGGAUACCAGUGAGAUGUUUGAGCACUAGUAAUGUUUGCCAUGAACAAACAGGCAGAACUGGCAAAACAAACAGACGGUUUCAACUUCCACCUGGAAUGGAAGGAACAAAAGAGCCACCAUUCAUGAACAGAAUGAGAAAAGGCAACAAAUCUGUUCCCCCAGCUCGCUCCAAGGGGGCAUUUCAAAAAUACCAGGAACAAAAAGACAAACAAGACUGGAGCAAGAGAUUUAAGAUACCUAAAAUAUUUUAUGAGAGACAGGUGGAGAUAUUUCUUUUUGUUUUCUCAGUCGUAGGCUUCGGAUAUUCCUACUACUAUAUUCAGAAAAAGAUUCGGGAAAAACAGUUAGAGCUUGUCAAACAAAGUGCAGUAGAAGAGCAGCCAGUAUUGAUAGGAGGUGACUGGGAGUUGGUCAAUCAGGAUGGCAAGCUUGUGUCAAACAAAGACUUUGUUGGCAAGUGGUGUAUCGUCUACUUCGGCUUCACCCACUGCCCCGAUAUAUGCCCUGAUGAGAUUGAGAAAAUCAUCGAAGUUACGGAUAUCUUAGAGAGGACCCCAGGCAUGCCAAAGAUGAUUCCCAUGUUUGUGACUGUUGACCCAGACAGAGAUUCUCCCGAAAUUGUCAAGCAGUAUCUGGAAGAGUUUUCCCCCAAGAUGGUCGGCCUGACAGGAACCUGGGAUCAGCUGAAGGUCAUACUAAGGGAGUUCAAGGUCUACUUUUCAAAAGGGCCGGUGGACGAAGAUGGAGAUUAUAUUGUGGAUCACUCAAUCAUUACGUUCUUAAUGGACCCCGAGGGACGCUAUGCAGCCCAUUUCCCGAGGAGUAAGACAAACAUUGACAUUGCUACUGCGAUUGAAAAGAAAGUGAAACUGUAUAAACCACCAUCUAGCAGACAUUGAUUGUUUUUAUAAUAAUAAGAUCUGAAGGCGAGUUGAAUUCCACCACUGUUUUCUGUAGCAGUAUGUGUGAUAUAAACAUUUUCCUGUAAAGUUUGUCAUUAUUAAGUUAUUAAUGCAAAAUAUUAUGAACUUGUCUGGGGGGUUUUAAAUAAAAAAAUAAGUCAAUCUUUUUUCAUAGUCUGUGUCAUUCAGAUUGUGGUCGUGCAAAAACUAUAACCAUGGCCAUCUGUCAAAAACUGUUCCAAGAUAUACACAUGAAACUUGGUACACAUGUUCCCAGAGAUGAUACAAACAUAUUUAGCAAGGCUCAUAAAUCUGACCUAAAAAUAUCUUCAGGAGUGCCCCUUUUUGGACUAAAUGCAACGGCCAAGUGUUAGUGGCCAAGCGUUAGUGUUACUCCGAAUUGCUCUUGUUUUACAUUUAAUGUACACUAUUUUUAGUGAUGUUAUCUGAUGUAUGAAUGUAUGAAUAAUUGUAUUUUGAAACUAUAAUUAUGUGUGUAAAGGAAGUAAAUAUGUAAUUAAAUUUAUGUGCAACA